AUGGAAAUCAUCUCAUUAAAGCCAUUUGUCAUAUUGACUCUGGCCACUUCAAUCCUGUUAGCUUCGAAGUCUGUCUGUGCCGAUGAAUCCAUGAUGUCCAAUCUCCACGACUGGGAACGUUAUGAUGAAUAUUUAAAGCCCAUAGGAUACCCCAAGGAGAAGAAGCAAAAGAGCCUCAACCCUGCAGAGCUCUGGCAAUGGGGCUCCAACACCAUCCACAAAGUGCAAACCCCGAUAACAUACAAGAUCCCCCAGCUGAUGCCUCGCCUCCCCUUGAGAUUUGGAAGGUCCUUUGAGGAAGAAAGGAGUGUUGAGCCUGUGGCCAAUUCGCCCCUUAGGUUUGGAAAGAAUUUCAAUGGUGGUAUCUCAAGGCGCAUCCCAAACUUGCCACAAAGAUUUGGAAGAGCAGCUGUCAAGAGCGUCAAGGAAUCCAUCAUCCAUUUGCCACAAAGGUUGCUGGGGUCUCCACCUGCAGAGCAGCCAAGCUACCCCGUGAGCAGCCAACCUCGGGAGCUCCAGGCUGCUGAUGAAGGGGAGUCCAGAACCCUGGACUUCAAUGAUUACUUCGCUAAGAAAGCUGAUGAUAAGGAAGCUAGUCCAGAGUAG